GCUUUUUUUUCCCUUCCUGCUUGCCUUCUGGAGGACCUUUGUGACAGAGGGAAAAUCAAGUUACCAGGGACUUGGAGGGGGACAGGGCUUGGACCACCGCCUUGUAGGCCACUCCUGAGCUUAGAAAAGGAUGCUGCCCAAGUCUCCAGCCCCUGCCACUUCCCUCCCCCUCUUAGGUAGUAGGGAGAGGGUAAGUGGGGGGGUGUAGCCUAGGGGAGGACUAUUUUGUUGUCUAAUAGGCACUGUCCUUCCUACUCUUGGUACUUAAUCCCUCCCUAUGUAAACAGCUCUGGUUACCCCUGGUUACCUGUAAACACCCCACCCCACUCCCAGCGCCCUGGUAAAUUUAACUCUCCCAACUUGGCUAUAGAGCAGGAAGGGCUGUGUGUGUGUGUGUGUGUGUGUGUGUGUGUGUGUGACAGAGAGAGAAAGAGAGAAGCCCUGACCAGAGACAUCAAAGACAGUGGGUUCCAGGACCACAAUGAAUUUGGGAAAUCCAUUCCCAUCAUAUAACAAGACUGUUCUACCUGUGAAUCAUACUUGUACCCUCUUAUACUUCCCCCAAACAGAGGCUCAACUCUUCACAAGGGGAAGGAAGGGAAAAGGACAAUGCUAUGUCUAUUUUUAAGAUGUGGAAACAGUCUCUGAAGGGGCUAUGACUUGCUAAAGUUGCAUAUGCAGGCUAGAUGAGGGGCAGCAUUGAUCCUGUCAAAAGGCAUCACUGAUGGCUAGGUGAGCAGGGUGACACCCAGGCAGGGGGACCCACUGGGAUGCUGGGUCAGAUUUAUCAAGUCUAGCUGAACCUGGGUCAGUUUGAGGGUGAGUGCAUGGGAGAGGGGGAGGUGCUGGUGCUUUUGCUCGGAGGCCAGCUAGGGCCUGAAUCAUAGCACCACUGAAGCCAGAAGUUUCAAGGCAAAUGGUUCCCACUGUCAUUAUCCCAGGACAGUGACAGGUGGUAGCUGCUUCCCCACCAGUUCCUGUCCCCAGGGUGGGUUCUUAGGUGGUGGGGGCUGGAGUGAGGGCCUCACAAGUGCCUGGGGGACCAUAGAGCUCUUUCUGCCUCAGAGGGGCUUUAGAUAGGGGCCCACAGCUCCCCCCAAAGAUUCCUAAGAGACUCCACAUCAGCAUCUAGCCCUUGUUCUUGGUGCCAAGGCCAUCUGUGAAAGCUAGAGCUAUCCACUCCAGCCCCUUCAGUAUGUUCCCACUAAAGGCAAUGGGUCCAGUCAGGGACUGCACCUUCCAGAGGCAAUAGCACAACUUUUGGAUUUAGGGGAGCCCUCCAAGCAUUGCUCCUCCAUCAAAGAUUGUGGGGUGAUGGGUCAAGGAAAGUGGUGAGUGCACCCUUAGGAACUCUAACUGGGACAACUGCUGAGAGGGCCAAGGAAAAGAGGAGCACUGGAGUGAUAGGAAACCUGGGGCUAAGAGGAAGAUGAAAUUGCUCAGAAGACAUGAGUCGCCUGACUCAAAAGUCUGGUCCCCGUCCCCUGGCUCACAUUCUGUUCCACAGCCCUGGUGCACACGUUUGACCUCAGGCAGGUCCCUGCUCAGCCUCUCUCUGAGCCGGUGAGGAGCAGAGUCAGGCCUAGCUCCUGGCUUCCAACCGGGCACCCGCUGACGGUCUCUCACCUUCCUGUCAGCCCGAGGCUGGAUAGGCAUCGUAGGCCUCUGGCCCGCUCCAGAAGAGAAGGUUAGAAAAGUGAAGCCCAGGGGCCAGGGCUGUCCCGUUGGCGACGCCACCGAUUCGAGAGGGGACGCGGCCUCUUUAAGGCGCGGUGACCCCACGACAUCUGCGGGCGGGGCGGGGACAGUGCGGGCGUCCGCGGCACCAGCGGAGGAGAACGUGAGGGAGGUAGUGCGCGGCGUCCAGCCCCACCAUGCUGACCGCGCUCGCCCGGCCAGCCCUGCCUGGGAUCCCAGGGCAGCUGCCCGCAGCCCCCGCGCGGCGUCAGGAUUCCUCCGGCUCGUCAGGCUCCUACCACACGGCUCCGGGUUCUCCAGAGCCCCCGGACGCUGGGCCGGAGGCAGGGUGCCGGGCGAACUGGCCCGGGGGGGGCCCUGCGCUGGGGGCGGGCGCACAGCCUCGCCUGUCCGUCAGCGCCCAGAAUAGCCGCCAGCAGCUCGGGCCCGGCUCGGGUUUCCCGCGAGGUCCGGGCUCCGGCCCGCCGCCACCCCAGCCCCAGCUGCGCAUGUUGCCGUCGGGGGAGAUGGAAGUCAUCUUCGGUGCCCGGGCCUUGUUCGGCCGCUCCGACGCGGCGGAUAGUGAGGUGCAACAACUCACCGCGCGGGCUUUCCGCAGCCUCUCUCCGCCCGGGCCUGCGACUCCUGCUCCCGCCGCACCGACGCCUCAGGCCCCCGACGGCGGCUCCCGCUGGGCCACUUACCUGGAGCUGCGGCCCCGCGGGCCGAGUCCCGGGACCCCAGCGCAGUUCGAGUGUGUGGAGGUGGCGCUGGAGGAGCGCGACGCGCCCGCCAGGACCCGGACGGUGCCCAAGCGUCAGAUUGAGCUGCGCCCCCGGCCCCGGAGUCCCCCGCGGGAGGCGGGAGCGCCGCGCCCCCGACUGCUUCUGCGCACUGGCUCGCUGGACGAGUCGCUGGGUCGCCUGCAGGCAGCCGCCGGCCUAGUGCAGACAGCACUGGCCAGAAAACCGAACCCUGCGGCCCCUGUCCCGAGCAGCGCCACCUUCGGGCCCACGGGGCGGCCAGAGUGUGCGACCCGGGAAACGGACCGCAUUGCCCGAAGAGUCCCGGAGGAGGCCAGUUCUCGGCCACCCCGCGUGCACUAUAGUUCAGCCCCCACCAAGGCACCACGGCUGUGGCCCAGCCUCCGAGAGCGCGCGAUUCGGCGCGACAAACCCGCGCCAGGGACCGAGCCGCUGGGUCCGGUUAGUUCCAGCAUCUUCCUGCAGUCAGGGGAGAAGACUCAAGAGGCGCACAGUCAGGAACUCAAGACUCGGUUCCCUCGAGAGACUCUGGAUCGAACCGUCCUGAGAGCACAGAGUCCGCCUUUCAAGUCUACAGCCCCCCAGGAAGUUCUGAGCAAGGCUGGCAGGCCAAGGAGCUCGUCACCGCUGUGGCAGGCUCCAAAUGGAACUUUACGGGGCCCACUCUGCCCGUCUCCCCAGAAUCUGCUCCCAUGGAAUCGGGCUCUUCGGAGGGUAAGUAGCCCGUCGUUCCCUGAGGCAUCCUCUGCAUGGAGAAAUCAGGAUCCCGCUGUCGAGGAAACGGUCAGCAGAAGCCCUUCCCCACCUACCCUUUCCCAGUGGAAUCACGGUGUUGCCAGGACAAGAAGCCCAUCCCCCGAAGCUUCCCUAUCGGAGGUUCCGGAACCGACAGUUAGUUAUACGGCAGAGAGCUGUAGAAACCCGUCCCCGCCGGCCCUGUCCUCAUGGAAGGCUCCAAAUCGUAUUAAUGGAACGUGGAACCCAGCUCCCCAAGAGACGUGGGAUCGCACACUGCAGGGCUCAUCGAUGGUAUCUACGUCGGAAGCUCUGAACGGGGUAGGACAGGAGGAGCUGGAGCUGCCUAGGCCGUCCGCACCCAGGACUCCCGAGCUCACAGAGGCGCUAAGUCCAUCCACGCGGGAGAUGCGGGAUCUUGCCUUCCAAGGCAGUCAGCAGUCGCCAGAAGCGGCUGCACCUGAGCUGCCCCUCAGUCUCCCGGUGGGCACCCUGGAGGCCGAUGUGCGCCAGGAAGCCUUGGGCCCUGGAGAAGCCGCCUCGGGUCGGCCGCGCGUGGCCAUCCCACGGCCCCGAGACGUGCGCAAGAUGGUGAAGACCACGUACGCGCCCAGCUUCCCCGCCGGAACCCCGGCUUUGGGGCUGCCUGCGCCACCUACGGAACCCCGCGGAGAGGAGGGUGGCGCACCCAAGACACAGGAGUUCCAGGCGCUGGGGUCCCCAGGCCCAGCUCACUACACUUCUGUGUAUCUCAAGGACUUUCUUCCGGUCGUGACGCACCCCUACGAGCCCCCAGAGCCGCCUACUGACACAGUGCUCCGGGACGCUUCGCAGCCCAACGGGGUCCUGAGGCGGAGAGCAGAGAACAGCACGGCAAAACCCUUCGCGCGCACUGAGAUCCGCCUGCCUGGUGCACUGGUUUUGGGCCGCCGGCCCGAGGGAACCGGGGGAGUUCUGGUGCGCGGUGCUGGCAGAGAGAACCGCGAUGCGGAAGCCCAGCGCCUGGUCCCCGACGGCGAGGGGCGGACCAGCCCUCUAGGCGGCGCUCGCGCUUCACCCCAGCAGUCGCCCUUAGGGCCAGCAGGGCCCCAACCACCCAGACCAUCCUGCGCCGACUCCCCUCAGGCGCACCCUAGCUCUAGCCCUGGGAUCGCACCCAAACUGGAGGCGCCCCCUGAAGCCCCCGAGCCCGCGACUGCCGUCCAGUCGGCUCUCCCGCGGGAACCCCAGGUGUCGGCUGGCAGGACAGCCCCUCCCCAGCCCCGUGCUGCCUCGGCGCCUCCAAUGGACCGGUCCCCGGAAGGCCCCUUCCAGGGGGCGCGCAGGCCACCGGGGACCGCGUACGCGGGGAAGGUCCUGGUGGACCCCGAGAGCGGCCGCUACUACUUUGUGGAGGCGCCGCGGCAGCCUCGGCUGCGGAUGCUCUUCGACCCCGAAAGCGGUCAAUACGUAGAGGUGCUGCUGCCGCCGUCGCCGCCGGGACCACCCCGCCGCGUCUACACCCCGCUGGCCCUGGGUUCUGGCCUCUACCCGCCAGCCUAUGGGCCUCUCUCGGGACUCUCAGUCCCGCCUUCCCCUGGCCCACCGGUCUUCAGCGGCCCCCAAGUACCCUGGAUUUCCGAGGCGGGGCCCCUGGACGGGAUGUACUACCUGCCCAUGAGUGGAACCCCCAGCCCUGCACCUCCUCUGCUCCUCUGUGCUCCGCCCAACAGUUCAGGUUCAGCCCAACCCGGCAAGGGGUCUUUGUUCCCCGUAUGAGGCCUCAGGGCCUGAUCCCCAUGGUGUUGGGGCCUGUUUGAUGGCCUUGGAGGUUCCAGCAUCCAGUCCCCUACCCACCGUUCCUUCUAUCACCUCUCUCUCUUUUACCCUUCCCGGCCUGUCUUCACACUGGAAGUUACCUUCAGACAAUGUAUCAGACUUUGGGACUGAUGGAGCUGGGACUUAGAAAGUGGUUGCCUACUUCCUCCUCCAACAAAAUGGUAUCCUCUUUUCCCAGGCAUUCCCAGAGUGUGGGGUGUGGGGUGUGUGUGUGUGUGUGUGUGUGUGUGUGUGUGUGAAAGUGAGGCGUCUUAGGAGUUGUUCCUAGGAGCUGACUUGAGGGCGUGUUGGGAGUUCACUGAGGGCAACAAGAAAGAGGCUCAGCAGAGGAUGGGGCUGCCCACGGAGGUGGUGAGCUGUCUUUCCCUCCCUGAAGGUGGACCCAGCUGAGGAGGAACAGGCUGGUGAGCGCUGGUGGGAUGGAGGGAGGACUGUGACUAGCAACUCUGUUAUUGUUUGAAAGACGCUCUGAGCCUUGGCCUGGGAGGCUGUGUGGGAAAGUGGCCAGUACAGCCCCCAGGCCAGGCUGGAUCUGAGAAAGUGAGCUUCGGGGACAGCAAGUGGAGAUGGAGCAGGGAUGUCAUAUGGAAGGGGCUGUAGAGGGUCAGCCUGGGGACGGGGUUUGAGUGGGGAGGCAGUGGUAGUCUCCAGCUGGGAGCCCCACUUCUAAUCCUUCCCUCAACCUCAGCAUCUGACUUGGCCUCUCUAAGCCCUCAGAGCUGAGCGGGCGCAUCCUGGGGCCAAGAGUGGAGGUUUAAGCCAUUCCCACCCAGGGUGGGGGACAGAUGAAGUGAAUCAUCAGGAAGGACUUACAAGCAGGAAGGAUGGUUAAGCCUCUCAACCCCUCUGGGUGUAGUGGAGGGUGGGUUAGGGCUAGGGCAGCAGAAAGGAUGCCAUGCGGGUGGGGAGCAGGGCAGAGAGACUUGGAGCCCUCAGCUGGUUCUACUCCCUUGGUAACAGAUGUGGCAACUGUGCCCAGAGAAGGCCUGGCUUGGGAGGCUGGUCACAGCAAGGAAGGAACAGAACCCAGAGCCUAUGUUCUAAUUGCAUUGAGAUUGCUGGAGCCUCUGAGGAGUGCUGAGUGAGAUGCAUGGGGUAGGGGGUGCUCUGCGGGUGGGGUGGGGGGGGUCUGUGUGUAGUUCUGAGCUUGAAGUGGUGGGGCCUUGUUUAACUGAUAUGUGAUGUGAUGAGUUUGGGGAAGAACAGUUCCCAUUAGAAGCAGUUGUUAGGGAUGGAGAUUGAUGCCUUACCUAAAUUCUAGGCCUCUGGGCGGUCUUGGUCCCAGGAAGUUCUGCCUCCCUUCCUGGGGCUGGAAGCUGACUGGGAAGCUGUGAAUCAGAAUAAACCUGAACAACUUCUCAUGGCCAGAGAUGUUGGUUCUGAUGGCCCGGAGGGCCCGGCGUCCCUCCUGCUCCCCUCCCCUCAUCCCGUGUGCAAUAAAUCACUGACCCAAUGAGCCAUGAUCCUUGGAA